AUGGCUGAAGAAGAUCUAUCAUCUAAAAUGAGCGAGCUUUAUGUUGCAGAAUGCAAUGCGGCAAAAGCUCGUCUUGAAGUAGAAACCGAGUGUAGGAGAAUAAUUGCGGACAACUACGAAAAAGUUAUGACUCAAGUACAGGAGCAUUCCAAGAAGUUAGAAGUUCCGACUACGGCUAAAAUUUGCGAAGUUGGUUAUUUCUGUGAUGCUCAUAUUGUACGAACAAAUCAAGUUAGCAUGGAAAUGGGGUCACAGUAUUUCGUGGAGUGUAGUGUCCACACUGCCGAAAAAAUCGUCAAACGGCGUGUUGAAGAAAUGAGAACUACUCGAGACGAAGGACUAGAGUCCAUCCGCAUUCUCAACGACAAAAUAAAGUUUGCUCAAGAGAAUUUCGCAUCAGUUGCAAUUGAAGGUGGCCCAAUCGAAAUCGUUGAGAAAUAUGACGAUGAAAUGGAGCGGAUGUUUUACGAUAAUCGCAAGAAAAGAAAUCAGGAGAAGCAGCAGAAGAACGACGAAUCAACUGGAAAUGGUGGCUCCAAAGAUAAUAAUGCUCACGAUAAAGUUAUGGAUCGUCUCGAAGAACUAGAGAAGAUCGAAGCCGAUAAUAAUGAAAUAGGAGCUAAUGAGUCAGAAGUCUCAGUUCCAAAAUCAUUCGAAGUUUCCGUUGAUGAAUUGGAAAAGUUAGAGGAAAUGGAAGAAGAAGAUGAAAGCACUACUGAAGCUGCGUUAAGAUUUGGAAUGAAUGAACGGCUGCUCGCACAACCGGGAGUUUCACAAAAAGAAAUGGAAAGACUUCUAGAGUUUCUCGACGAUUGUGACAGGAGUUCCGAUGAAGAAUACGACGAAGAAGAAGAAGAAGAGGGGGUGGAAACUGAAGAAAAUGAGAAUAAUCGUUCAACUUCUCAAAAAGUAGUAGAGUUGGAUUCGGAUGAUUAUGACUCAGAUGACGAUAAGGCUCACAAUGCUUCCAAGGUUCAAGCACACGUACAAGAAAUUACUGAGAAACUCGCUUCUACCAAGAUUAAGCGGAAGAAAAGUGGAGUUCGAUUUGCUGAGAAACUGGAGAAUGUGAAAACGUUUCUUGAAAGUGAUACUGUAGAGAUAAAAGAGGAAGCUGUCAUCGAAACUAAAUCGAUUCUUCGAAACACUGAACCAACUCCAGUAGAUCCUAAGGCUCUUGCUCCAGAGCAGAAGGAACUUGCCACAAUGAGCACCGCGACAUUUCCGGGGGAAAUCGUUGAGAAGGAUCCGUAUGAUUGCGAACCGUCUACAAGCAAAGAUCCCGCACCUGUGAUAACUGAAAAGAAAAUUUCCAAGUUCAGAGCAUCGCGGAACAGAAAUUAA